CCUUUAAACCCCAAUCCAGACAGUAAUUGGUCUCAAUAUUUUAAAGAUAAUGAUGUCUUAUUGCAAAUAGAUAAAGACACAAGGAGGUUACUGCCAGAAAUAGCUUUUUUCCAGCGACCAACAAAUUACCAAUGCAUGGAGAUUAUAAAUGCUGAAUCUGAAACACUGAGAAAGAGAGUAGAGUACACAGUACUCAAUGCUGGUGAUGUGGGCAAAAAUUGGUUGGGUAUCACAAAUGUUCAUCAAAAAAAGAGAUCCCUGCCAGAUGAGUAUGCUACAUUACCAGAAGGACAGGAAGCACAUUGGGAAGUUGUUGAAAGAAUAUUAUUUAUCUAUGCCAAAUUAAAUCCUGGACAAGGCUAUGUACAAGGAAUGAAUGAAAUCAUUGGUCCAAUAUACUACGUGUUUGCUUCAGACUCUGAUAAAGAAAUACAAGAACAUGCUGAAGCUGAUGCCUUUUUUUGUUUUAUGAACCUAAUGUCUGAAAUACGUGAUAGUUUUAUAAAAUCCUUGGAUGAUUCAGCGAGUGGUAUUAAUGCAACAAUGACAAAUACCAUGCUGAAACUGAAAUCUAAAGACAUGAGACUUUGGUUGAAGCUACAAGAACAAGAUCUUAAACCUCAAUUCUUUAUAUUUAGAUGGGUUACAUUAUUAUUAUCACAAGAAUUUCCUCUUCCAGAUAUUAUCAGACUUUGGGACUCCUUGUUUUCCGAUGAAAAAAGAUUUGAAUUUCUGAUUGAUAUUUGUUGUGCUAUGAUAAUUUUGGUUCGUGAUAAAUUAAUUGAUGGUGACUUCUCAUCUAACAUGAAAUUACUACAGAACUAUCCUGACACUGAUGUGAACUUAAUUCUUACAAAAGCCUCAGACAUAAGAAGAUAGAGACACUUUGAUUAUGAAAUGA